AUGACACGCCCUGGGCAAAUCGCUGUCUCAAUUCUUUCAGAAGCAGGAACUUUAAUGGAUGAUGAUCAAGAAGGGGCAGCAGAAAGUGCCAUGGCUCGAGACGAACCACUCGAGCUCACUGAGAAACUUGAUGAUUUUGUGCUCAGACCAGCCCCUCAAGGCCGUGUUAUGAAGUGUAGAAUCACACGUGACAAAAAAAGCGUGGAUCGAGGAUUUUAUCCCACUUACUUUCUCCAUUUAGAAAAAGAUGAUGGCAAAAAAGUAUUUUUACUGGUUGGAAGAAAGAGAAAGAAAACAAAAACUUCAAACUACCUGAUAUCCACGGAUCCUACAGAUCUGUCCAGGGGAGGCAAGGCCUUUGUAGGAAAACUCAGAGCGAAUUUUUUAGGGACCCAGUUCACUUUGUUUGACAAUGGUGAUAAUCCAAAAAGCAAUUAUGAAAAUGCUAGAAAAGAAUUAGUUGGAAUCUCUUACGGAACAAAUGUCUUAGGUCUUAAAGGACCCAGAAAAAUGACCAUUAUUAUUCCAGGGAUGAAUUUGGAUCAUGAACGAGUAGACAUUCAGCCGAGAUCUGACAAUGAAGGCUUGAUUGACAGAUACAAGAGAAAAAAUAUGGAGAAUAUACUGGACCUCCACAACAAGACCCCUGUCUGGAAUGAUGGUAAGUCGUCAGAAUGA